AUCUUAACACCUUAUACAGACAUAGCCAUCAAGAACAGGACACAAACCACAUACGACUUCACAAUGAGCAUCUCCCUCCAUGCCAAAGAUUUCAAAGGCGUGGCCUACGCCGAACAAGAGGAGGUCUACUUCAAUGAUGGCAGGGAAAAGGAGCUCCUGGACUACGUCCUAAACCACCCAUCAGUGUCAGAUAUCAGGGGCAAUCCACAAAAGGUCCUCGACUUGAUUGACGAGUUUGGCCGUAAGCAAAAAUACCUGAUGAAUAUUGGCGAGUACAAAGGCAAGACAGUCCGCAAUAUCAUUAGGAAGCACAGGCCGGCCACUAUGGUUGAGCUGGGAGGGUACGUGGGCUACUCGGCAGUUGCGUUUGCGUCUGCUGCCAAAGAAGCCGGUGGGAAGCGGUACAUUAGUAUUGAGCACAAUCCCGAGUUUGCUCACGUCAUUGAGCAGAUGGUAGAGCUGGCUGGGCUGAAGGAAUUUGUAACUGUUGUAGUUGGCGGCAGCUCGGAUGCUUUGAAGAAGCUACAUGGCGACGGGACUCUCAAACAUAUCGACUUGUUAUUCUUGGACCAUCUGAAGCCGCUCUAUACGCCGGAUUUACAACUCUGUGAGGAGCUGGAGCUUGUUGGACCUGGCACCGUCCUCGCUGCUGACAAUGUUGUCAAGCCUGGCAACCCGCCAUAUCUGAAGUAUGUCAGAAGUACCGUGGCUGAGAAACGCAAUGCGAUGGUCAGGGCGACGGAGAUGGACGCCAAGGGUAACCCGAACCUGAUAUACGAGAGCGAAUUUGUGGAAGGAUGGGAGCCUAGUGGUGUACCAGAUGCUCUGGAAGUCACGCACUGUGUUGGAAUUGAGGCCCACUAACGCAAAAGCUCGGGACUGUGCGUCCCGCCUUUCAACCCUCUCGAUCUGGUGUGUGGUUUUUGUUUUGGUGAAUUUCCAGGCGGGCACUCCGUCCUCAAAGAGCUCAUGGAAUUCGUGGUAGGACCUGCUCUUGGUCUCGGGAAAGAGGAACACGAAGGGGUACACGAGUGUGACUCGGCCAAAGAAAAGGCUGAUAUUUGGCCAACACCCGACAUACUGGGUCGAAAGCACCAACGGUGUUGUCUAAUUCUUUUUGAGGGGUUAGUCGGUAAGCCUAGGUUCAGGCACGAGUGCCUGAGGUAAAUCGGCCUACAACUUACGAAGAAGAUACUCGUUAGGUAUUGAAUUAUUACUGCCAAGGAUCCAGUCUUGGCUCGUAGCUUGAGACUUGAAACCUCGACCAGUGAAAUCCAUCCUACUCCCCUUAGGUAGCAAACUCCGUUCUUUCCUUCUUCUUUUUUUUGAAGAUCCUGGAACUAGGGAAGAUGCGGAAUGAAACUUGUCAAUAAGUGCCAAA